CAUCCGCAUUGCAUUAUUACAAUACCUUCACUUCGCCGGCUUGUCUGUCAGGAGGCCUUCAGGGUGGGUUCGUAAACCCUCACUACACUUCGUCGUCGUCGUCUUCUUCCGCUUUCCAUUUGCGCUUUCUUGGUCUGACUUCUGAUAUUAGGGUUUUAGAAGAUCAGAAGAACCUAGAUUGCGUCUUUUGUAGGUCGUGAGGAUGGGUGCGGACAAGGGGAAGAAAUCAAAGGUUGCAGAGGGGGGAGAGGAGGAAGAUUCAGAUCACGUUGAUGGAGAGCUUGUUCAUUCCAUCGAGAAGUUGCAGGAGAUACAAGACGAGCUCGAGAAGAUCAAUGAAGAAGCAAGUGACAAGGUUUUGGAGGUGGAACAGAAGUACAACGAGAUACGGAGGCCUGUUUACAAUAAGAGGAAUGAGACCAUUAAAACUAUUCCUGACUUCUGGUUAACUGCUUUUUUGAGUCAUCCUGCACUUGGUGAUCUUUUGAGUGAGGAAGACCAGAAGAUUUUCAAGUUUCUAAAUUCUCUGGACGUUGAGGACUUUAAGGAUGUGAAAUCGGGGUACUCCAUUACCUUUAGUUUCAAUUCCAACCCUUACUUUGAAGAUACAAAGCUCACAAAGGCUUUUACCUUCUUUGAUGAAGGAACAACUAAGAUAACUGGUACAACAAUCAAGUGGAAGGAGGGCAUGGACAUUGCAAAUGGAAGUAAUCAUGAGAAAAAAGGAAGUAAACGCCUAUUUGCUGAGGAAAGUUUCUUUAGUUGGUUCAGUGAAACUCAACAGAAAGAUAUUACAGAGGUGAUUCAUGAUGAGGUGGCAGAGAUAAUCAAGGAGGAUUUAUGGCCUAACCCUCUCAAAUAUUUUAACAAUGAGGCUGAUGAAGAAGACUUUGAGGGAGAUGAAGAUGAUGAAGAUGGAAAGGGCAUGGAUGGCUUUGAAGAGGAAGAUGAUGAUGACGAAGAAGGUGAUGAGGAGGAUGACAGUUAAACUCGUCCUGCUAGGGUUUGGAAGGUCUACAUUUUGGCCAUCAAUGCUUUGGUCUUGGCUCUCGGAAGCAAAGUCCCUGAUGGCUGCAGAGAGAGCCAGAAACAGGAGCUGACGACUCUUUUAAAACUGUUUUGGCGGUAGCAAUGAUCUGUUUUGGUUACUAGAUGACUGCUACCUUGGUGGUUUAGAAAUGCAUGCCUUGUUUGUUUUCUUUCUUUCUUUCUUUCUUUUUUUUUUUGGGGGGGGGGGGCUUUUCCUUCUUUCAUUGUGCCUUGCGGUCUUUCUUCCUAAAUUCAGGGGGUUUGAAGUGACGAGUAUAUAUAUUGGGUCAUAUUAACUAACAUUUGUCCAGGGCACUUGCGGAAGCAUAUGCUCUUUGUGAACACAUUAUUUCGUGAUAAAUAUAAGGCGGCUUAAUUAAUCGAUGGAAA